ACCGCUAUUCUCAGAUCCCCAGAGCCAGAGUCGAACAAGUGUGGCCUUAUAAAAGCGACUGAAAGCACCGACAAGGACACACAUUUUCAAGGUGAAGGACUGAAUGAACUGCAGCCACAUUUGGAUGUAGAUUUCUAUCCCUCGAAAACGCACUUGCACUGCGACGCGCGACUGCAGACAGGCUUCUUCAACUUCUCAAAGUGACAUGUUAUGGCUGUCUAGAGUGACACGUCAGCCGCGCAGAGACGACAACAUGAAGGUGACAGACCUGCUCAUCAUUUGCUCCUGUCUGGUCUUGGGGAGUCUGGGGAAGCCACAAUUCCCUGAACAAGAGAAGGAUCCCAAGUUUUGGAAUACUUGGGCCCAAAAGACCUUGAAGAACGCUCUGAUGCUUCAAAAUCUCAACACAAACAAAGCAAAGAAUCUCAUCCUCUUCCUUGGAGAUGGAAUGGGCGUUCCCACGGUGACGGCUGCUCGAAUACUGAAGGGUCAGCUAAAUGGACAGAGUGGAGAGGAGACCCAGCUGGAGAUGGACAAGUUCCCCUUUGUGUCUUUGGCCAAGACAUACAACACUAACGCACAGGUGCCAGACAGUGCGGGCACCGCCACAGCUUACCUCUGUGGGGUCAAGGCCAAUGAGGGCACGGUGGGAGUGAGUGCAGCUGCUGUCCGAUCCCAGUGUAACACCACAGAGGGCAAUGAGGUCACCUCCAUCCUCAAAUGGGCUAAGGACGCAGGCAAGUCGGUGGGAAUAGUGACAACGACCCGUGUCAACCAUGCAACUCCCAGUGCUGCUUAUGCCCACAGCGUGGACAGAGACUGGUACUCCGACAAUGAGAUGCCGCCUGAAGCAGUACAGGCCGGCUGCAAGGAUAUCGCCAGACAACUCUUUGAAAACAUUCCCAACAUUGAUGUGAUUAUGGGUGGAGGGAGGAAGUAUAUGUUCCCCAAAAACAUGUCGGAUAUAGAGUACCCUGGUGUUGCAAAGCACAGCGGCACACGAAAAGACGGGAGAAACCUGGUGGAGGAGUGGACUGACAGAAUGAAGGAUAAGAAAGGCCAUUAUGUAUGGAACAAGAACCAGCUCUUAUCACUGAACCCUAACAACGUAGAUCACUUAUUGGGUCUCUUUGAACCUGGGGAUCUGCCAUAUGACUUAGAGAGGAACACUGAGACUGAUCCUUCGCUGACAGAGAUGGUGGAGGUGGCCAUCAAGAUCCUGAGGAGAAAUCCCAGUGGAUUUUACCUGCUAGUAGAAGGAGGACGCAUUGACCACGGACAUCAUGAGGGCAAGGCCAAGCAGGCUCUGCAUGAAGCUGUGGAAAUGGACAGAGCCAUCGGCAGGGCAGAUCUCAUGACCAGCAUCCAUGAUACGCUGACUAUAGUUACUGCUGACCAUUCCCACGUGUUCAACUUUGGAGGCUACACCAGCAGAGGAAACACAAUAUUCGGUCUGGCCCCAAUGUUGAGUGAUAUUGACCAGAAGCCCUUCACCUCCAUCUUAUAUGGGAAUGGACCAGGUUACAAAAUUGUUAACGGUGCGAGGGAGAAUGUCUCCACUAUUAACUACCAGGAAAACAACUACCAGGCCCAGUCAGCUGUACCUCUGAGCAUGGAGACUCAUGGAGGAGAGGAUGUGGCUGUGUUUGCUAAAGGUCCCCUGGCUCACCUGCUACAUGGGGUCCAUGAGCAGAACUACAUCCCCCAUGUAAUGGCAUAUGCAGGCUGUAUCGGCCAGAACAGGGAACACUGUAGGUCACGCAGUGGGACUGCCACACGUAGCGCGACCACCGGUUUGUACCCCGUCCUCUCGAGCAUAGCAACCCUUCUCACAGUGACCCGACUUCUGUGCUGACCUUCCCCUGACUGUCCUCAUCCUGUUAAAACCCUGAUUUAAAGGUCCAGUGUGUUGCAUUUAGGAGGAUCUAUUGUCAAAAAUGGAAUAUAAUAGUAUUAGUGUUAAUGUUCCCCUAAAAUAUAGAUAAUUGUUAUGUUUUUGUUAUCUUAGAAUGAGCCUUUUAAAUCUACAGACGGCACGAGUCGCCUUCCAUGGAGUCUGCUAGGUUGAACUGCCAUAUUUCUACAGUAGCCCAGAAGGGACAAUCCAAACAAUGGCCAUUUUUGAAAGUGUCCAUAGUUUCUCCUUCCAUGAAAUCCUACACACUGGACCUUUGGCCAGUCUUACAUUUUAAGAUUUGUAUUUGUUGUUGUUUUUUAAAUGUUCUAAUUUUACUCUAUGCUACUUUGAUCAUGGAACCACUGUUAGGUCCCUUUUUGUGGAAUGAUAAUUAAUUGACUCAGUUUUACUCUGUUGAAGCAAAAUGUAAAUCAUUACAAAAUAAUCAAAAACCCCUGAUGUACUGAAAUGAAAAGUGGUGUUGCAGAGAUCACCACAAAAUCAGAGAUCUCAGUUGUGAUUUGUCUAUUGAAUAAUUUUUAUUAAGGGUUUUAGAACCUAUUAAGCCUCUUUGUUAAAUGUAAACAUUUUAGGUUUGAAUAGAUAGAUUGGAUUUACAAAUGUUUGAAUAUAUUUCAUAUCUUAAACGUGCAGUUAACAGAAUCUACCUCAUAAGCUUGCAAAAGAUCUCUCAUGUAAUCAUGGUGUGUUCAGAAAGGCACAUUUUGACCGACAAAUUUCAUGCCUAAACCAGAGGCAACUGAAUGUAUAAUUGACAGAUGAGUAAAAGAUAUAUAUGUCUUGUCAUACACCUUGUGCAUACUUGCAAAAAUAACGGAAAAAGCCCACGUACUAUUGUGUCCAAUAACAGAAGUUGUAAAACCUCUUAACCAAUAAAGGAAAUAUGUUUUCUGAUAA